AUGAUCACCGUCAUUCUUCUUGUUGCUCGCGUUCCGCCGCUACAUCCUGACGCCAGUCCACCUGCAGAGCCGCCUGUAUCAGAGACACUCAUCGACCUUGAGAAAGCUGCUAGUAUUAUAGAGUCGCCGCCCAACAACCGGACAGCACUCGUUAUCCCAUGCCACAAUAGCGAUCACGAAGCUACCAGCAAAGUUCUCAAGAGCGCAUUCGUUCACUUCAGCCCAAAAGACAUCUUUGUCGUUGACAACGGGCGCUCGAGACACCCUCCGUCGCCCGAUUUCCGCAACUUCAUUCGAAGCGAACACCCUGACAUCAACUAUAUCUGGUCUCCCAUCGGAAGUAAGAACGCUGCCCAGCUUGUAGGAGCCAUGGCCGCCAAAGACCACGAUUGGAUCAUGACUGUCGACGACGACGUAUCCAUCCCCGCCAACUUCCGAGCACCCAUUGACAAGAUGGACGAUAUUACCAAGGGCUGCGCAUUUCCACUCAAGGCCGUCGACGCAAACGGCGAUGUACCCAUGUGCAUGGUCGCCUGGCAGGACUGCGAAUACAAAAUGUCUGGACUGACCAAGCUCGCCGAGUCGUCCAUCUGCGGAGUGCUGUAUCCCCACGGCGCCGGGUGGUUCUGCGAGCGCGACACGCUGAUUGACCUCAUCAGCAACUACCACUCGAUCGACUUCAUCGCCGAAGACGUCAACACGGGCCUGUCGAUGCAGCGCAUGAAGAAGCGCAUCGCCUUCGACGCCACGUGCGUGCUAGAAACCGAAGUCCCCACCACGGUGCUGGGCCCGGGCCUAAACUGGUGGAACCAGCGGUACCGCUCGUGGGAAAUGGGCCGGCACGGCCGUCUCGUCGCCUUUGCCGAUCGCAUGUUGCUUUCGCUCAACGGGCAAACCACACCGUGGGGCAUUUUCACGCAGAAAUUCAUCCACCUGUACUCCAUCGCCACCAUUGUCGUCGACUGGGUGCGCGUCCCUGUUCUCGUGACCAUGGGCAACGACGUGAAUUUCUGGCGCAUGGGGCUCCCGCUGAUGCUCGCUGCCACGCUGCCCAUCCUUGCCUUCAAGUACUUCAACGCGCGGCACCGCCCGGAUCUGCAGCCGCGCUUCUGGGCCGCAAUCACGUAUCCACUGUACAAGCAGCUGUACUCGCUCGUCUCCGUCUUUGGCGCCAUCCGCGCUGUCAUUUUCUAUGCUGGAGGCCACAAGAAGCCGAAAACCAUUCGCAAAAUGAUCAAGGACCAGGAUCCAAAUGCCCUGUGGCUUGAUCCUGGCUUCGAAUCCAACCCGGCUUUUCUGGCUGAUGAGGCUGAAGAGCUGAAGGCGGCUUCUGUCGCGACCAGCGAGACAAAAGUUCCUUCUUCUGUGUAUAUAUCUCCGGGUUCGCCUUGA